AUGGGUGGACGCCAAAUAAUUGUAUUCCCGGUCCUCUAUUUCAUCUUGAUCCCGGCCGUGACUGGCCACGGUUACAUCAAGUCCUGGGCUGCUGAUGAUCACCAAUUCCAGAAGGCUCAGAAGCAACCCCUCAGUGACACUGCCUUCCGUAGCGCGCCGUCUAACAUCGGCUGGAUUGGAAGUCAUUUUAUCAACUCUCCUGCAAUCGUCUGCGGCGCUUCAGAAACUCCAAAGGAGACCGUCGCCGCACCCGGCGGAACCCUCUUCAGUGCUGCCGACCAGAGUGCCAAGAAGACUUUGGCCGUCAACGCUGGAAGUAAAGUGACCCUCAUCGUUGCGGGCAACGAGGGUGAAGGCUUUCCUCACCCCACCGGCCACAUGUUGGCUUAUCUUGGUUACUGUGGAAAGUCUUCGACCGCUUGUCAAGACUUCGAUGCCUCCAAGACAGACUACCACAGAAUCCAAGCCGAGGUUGAUGGGAUCCCCGCCAAGCUCCGCAAGCACUUCGAUUCUGAACACGACGGCCAUCGCUGGGAAGUCCCGAUCCCCAAAAACAUUGUCGAUGGAAGUUACAUUCUUCGGAUUGAGAUGAUUUCCUUUGGCCAAUCAAGUGGCGAGGAAGGCCACCAGGACCAAUACUACGUGUUUUGCGGCCAAAUCGCCGUCAAAGGAGGCUCGGGAUCAAGUCCCAUCCCGGAUGAUGAUCACCCCACCGUCAAGCUUCCGGGGGCCUAUAAGCCCGGAAACAUCAAUCCGAAAUCGCUGCCGACUCCACUGAAAUCGACAACCGGCUCAAGUACCGACGAUUCCAAACCCAAAUCCAAGGCUAAAUCCUCGGACAAUGAGAGUGAGGAGACACAAUCAGACGACUCGUCUGACUCCCACGACAAGGAAGCCUCAGGAGGAUGUGGAGCCCGCUGUUAUAAGAAGAAGAUGAGCGAGUUGAACCAGUUGGCCCCGACCUGCUCCGCCGACGAGAUCGCCUGUCUCUGUGACUCUCACACCUUCCUGAAAGCUUAUCAAUCUUGCUGCGUCGACCACUGUCAGACCGCUCGACAGACUAGGGCCGCCAUCAAUCACAUCCACUCCACUUGCGAUUCCGCCCCCGUCUCGGACGACGGCUCUCAGUAA